AUGCAGGCGGUUACCAAAUCCAUCAGAAACGAUUCCUCAAACAUUCAGAAGUCGCCUUCCCGCUCUCCCUCGCGGACACUUACCCAGAUACAGCUCUCGUCUUUGAUUUGCGACUGUUCACAGAAUGGAGACGAUCAUGGAGGAAGGCCCCUCGGGUAGCGGCGCUCCAUCUACAGCACGUUUAGAGGCAUAUUCGGAUAUCGAGGACUUUGAUGAUUGCGUUAUCGUGCCAGAUAAUGAUGAAGAGGAUGAUGAGGCGACGGGUUCGAACCCUGAAGCUACGACAGCAUCAGUAACAACCCCUGCUCACUUGCCAGAGCCCAGCAAAGCGGAGGAAUCUGCGGAGGGGCCUGAAGACGUCGAGGUCUUGGACUUCAACGAACAUCAUUUCUCUGGCGAUUCUCUCUCCACAUCAUCGGGAGAAAACAGACUACACCAUUCGCUUAUCGUUCGUCCUUCCUCUGCUCCCCCCGCCAUCCAAGAAGUCCGAUUCUCGAUCCGAGGAACUCGAGAGAGAGAAGCCUUCAUCGCGCCCUUCCCAAUUCCAAACCUCGCUUUUCAAGUCCAGGGAGACGAUCAGACUGCCAACACCAACCUCACAGUCCUCGACGAGGCCAUCGACGAAAACUACUUCUCUACGCUCCCCCGCAAGCCCACUCCUUCACUACCUCCCUCCCCUUCCUCAUCCGCAGCCAAUCCAGGUCUCAUGCCAGCCGCUAUCCAAAAGCGUCUGAAGACUAUUCAAGAUUAUGAUGACUACAUCGCUAGUAUCAUCCCCAAGGUCGCUAAGCAGAAUGAGGAUAACUGGGAGGGUACGUGGUUGCAGGAUGCGUAUAGGCAUUCUUGGAAUGGACAGGGUACGUGGAGCUAUUGGGAUGAGGGGAAGAAGGUGGUUGAGGAUGCGAAGACGUUGUUUGGGGGUUUGUGUGGAAAGGGUAGAUUUGACUGA